GAUAUCCAUACACCUCGUACACUUUGAUAAUAUAAAAUUUAAAUCAAAUGUAUCAAUAUUUUAACUUUAAAAUUAAAUACGGUAGGUCACAUUCACAUUGUGGAAAAUUGAAAUGGAAUCCUAUAUAUAUAGGUAUUGAAUAUCUUCCUAACACUUAUUAUUGCUUCAUUUCCUUACACAGUCAUCUCCCACAAAAAGAUCAAACAGUGCUUCACAAGUCCUCGUAUGGCUUCUAUUGUACCCGCACUCCACAACCUAAACCAUUAUCUUUCCCCUUCCCAAUCUCUAUUUUCAAAAUCCACGCACCAAAAAUCAAAAAUCCUAUUCCUUUCAAAAAACCCUAAUUCAUCACCAAUAACAUUCCUCAAAUGCUCUUCUUCUUCUUCUUCUUGUAAUCCCUCUUCCAUAUUGGACGAAUUAAAACAAGAAGAAGAACGAGAUGGCGAUCUCAUGUUAGAAUCAUCAUUGAGCGAUGUAUGGAAGGAAAUUCAAGGAAUGAACAAUUGGGAAGGUUUAUUAGAUCCAAUGAACCCAAACCUACGGAGAGAAAUAAUACGAUACGGUGAACUAGCACAAGCGUGCUAUGAUUCAUUCGACUUCGAUCCACACUCAAAAUACUGUGGAACUUGCAAAUACCAUCCAGCGGAUUUCUUCGAGAAAGUGGAGAUGGGAGAAAAUACAGUGAGUGGAUACACCAUCACGCGCUACCUCUACGCAACAUCAAACAUCAACCUUCCUAAUUUCUUCCACAAAUCUAAACUUUCCACUGUGUGGAGCCCACAUGCUAACUGGAUGGGAUAUGUUGCUGUUGCCACUAACCUCCAAGAGAUCAAACGGUUAGGACGCCGCGACAUAGUUAUUGCAUGGAGGGGCACGGUGACAUACAUAGAAUGGAUAUACGACUUAAAAGACAUUCUACGCGCAGCAAAUUUCAAAAACGACCCAACAAUCAAGGUAGAAUCAGGCUUCUACGACUUAUACACGAAAAAAGAAGAUUCAUGCGGUUAUUGUUCAUUCUCAGCUCGUGAACAAGUACUCUCAGAAAUAAUGCGUCUCAUUCAAUACUAUCAAGACGAACAAAUCAGCAUUACAAUCACAGGACACAGUCUCGGAGCUGCCUUAGCUAUAUUAAGCGCUUACGACAUAACCGAAUUAAAACUAAACGUUGUUAAUAACGGUAACGAUAAAAUUAACAUCCCCGUAACAGUUUAUUCCUUUGCGGGCCCCAGAGUUGGGAAUUUAAAAUUUAAAGAAAGGUGUGAGGAACUUGGUGUUAAAGUUUUAAGGGUAAUAAAUAUUCAUGAUAUGGUUCCAACCGUGCCAGGGAUAUUAACUAAUGAAAAAUUAAAAUUUCAAAAGUAUAUAGAAGAUAAUUUGUCUUUUCCUUGGAGUUAUGCACAUGUUGGAACUGAAAUUGCAUUGGAUCAUAGGAAAAGUCCUUUUUUGAAGGAAAAUGGUGAUAUAGGUUGUGCACAUAAUUUAGAGUUACUUUUGCAUUUGAUGGAUGGGUAUCAUGGUAAAGAGAAAAAAUUUAGAUUGGUAUCAGAAAGGGAUAUUGCGCUUGUUAAUAAGAGCUGUGAUUUUCUAAGGAGUGAGUACGGUGUACCUCCGCAUUGGCGACAAGAUGAAAAUAAAGGGAUGGUGAGAAGUGGUGAUGGACGGUGGAUUUUGCCAGAACGACCUAGAUUGGAAGCUCAUCCACCGGAUACCGCACAUCAUCUUCGGUUAGUGCUUAAUAAUCAUGUUUCUCCUAAUCUCCAAUCAGAAACCAAUUGAUAUGAAAAGAUACAAUCUACAACUAAUAUACAGUGUAGUAUAUGUCUAUGUAUUUAUGUAUAGAUUUAGAGAAAUAAAGUUUAUCUCUUGAAGAAUUGUCGAAAGGACUUAAAGGGUAAGACGUGAAAAUAUAAAUUGAGAAAAAAAAUACAUUAUUUAUAUAAAAUAAUUU